AUGGGCUGCCUCGGAAACAGUAAGACCGAGGACCAGCGCAACGAGGAGAAGGCGCAGCGCGAGGCCAACAAAAAGAUCGAGAAGCAGCUGCAGAAGGACAAGCAGGUCUACCGGGCCACGCACCGCCUGCUGCUGCUGGGUGCUGGAGAAUCUGGUAAAAGCACCAUCGUGAAGCAAAUGAGGAUCCUGCAUGUUAAUGGGUUUAAUGGAGAACAAUAUUACCCCUAGAUGAUGGCUUCAAUU